UACCGUUAGACUCAGGUUGUAGAUACCGGAAUGGGGGUUGUGUGCCCCCCUCCUCUGGAGUCCCAGCCACGCAGGGGAUGCACUUAAAUCUCCCAGCAGCUCAGCUUCCCCUCUUAUCAUUCCUCAGCAUGUUGCCCCACCCCCAGGUCUCCUCUGUUCUCCACCUUCCCCUGCUUCCUGUAGCUGAGCUAGAGAGGAUAUCGUACUUUUCCCAGUGGUGCCUCUUCCCUCUCUAUACUCAUGUGUGCCUCUUUCCCCUUUAUCCUCGUGUGCCACUUUCUCCUAAAUCCCCAUGUGUGCCUCUUUCCCCUAUGUCCCAUGUGUGCCUCUUUCCCCUUUAUUCUCUUGUGCCUCUUUCUCCUAAAUCCCGUUGUGUGCCUCUUUCCCCUAUGUCCCAUGUGUGCCUCUUUCCCCUUUAUCCUCGUGUGCCUCUUUCUCCUAAGUCCCCAUGUGACCCUCUUUCCCCUUUAUCCUCGUGUGCAUCUUUCUCCUAAAUCCCCAUGUGUGCCUCUUUCCCCUAUGUCCAAUGUGUGCCUCUUUUCCUAUAUCCCCUAUACCCUCCCCCUUCUAUGCCUCAGUCCUUUUCCCAUCAGUGCCUCUGCUCACUAUUCUAUAUACCCCCCUCCACCCCCUUUCCCCAUCUGUACCUUUGCUACCUCUCCAUGUGCACAUCCGCCCCCCCCCCCCCCCCUCCCCCUCCAUAGCUGGAGACUGCCACCUGAAGGGGCACAGUCCAAAAGCAGCAACACCAUGUACAGCACCACAUCAUCUGAAACAUGGCAGGCUCCAUGGGCAUGCAGUACAAGGCAGGGACUGCGGUGAAGACGCGUCUAUCUGGAUAACCGGCUUCCUGAGGAGCGACCAGCGUUAUCGUUUAGUGAAGUUUGAGGACACCAUGAAGCUCAGGAAUCCGAAGAACGAACAUGUGAUGUACACUGAGAACGUUCAGGUGGCGUAUUCUGACCUCAGUCCCCUGCUCCUGCUCUCCGAAGCUUCGCUGGAUGACCUCAAUUCCAGACUAGAGACGAAAAUCACAGUCGGAAAUUUCCGCCCGAACAUUUUGAUUUCUGCAUGUGAUGCCUUCGACGAGGACACAUGGGAUGAAAUCCAAAUUGGGAGCCAGGUGACCCUGAGACAGGUCAUACCGUGUCCGAGAUGUAUACUGACCACUGUGGAUCCUGACACCGGAAUCAUCAACAUGAAGGAGCCGCUGAAAACACUGCGCAGCUAUCGCCUGUGUGACACCGUGGAUAAAGCCGUGUACAAGUCAUCGCCACUGUUUGGGCGAUAUGUAAAGGUAAUGAAGAAGGGAACACUGAAAGUUGGAGACCCCGUAUACCAUAUAACCUACUGAGCGCUGUGGAUUUCCGCCUAUCAAGUCACUUCUGAAAAGCAUUAUAAAUAUCGGCUUAUUAAAGAAAAGCUUAAACGGUGUCUAUGCAACAGAGAAACUAGAGUCCAAACCAACCAAUCGGAUCACAUCUUCAUUCCCGCUGACUACUCUUGUAAUCUGAUAUGUGAUUGGUUGCUGUGAGCAACACGUCAUUAGUUUCUAUGUUGGUUAUAAAUAA